AUGUUGCAAGCUGUUACAUUACGUCGUGGCGCCAAGUCACUCCAGGCCGCCUCUCGAUCUUUCACUCGAAACCUCUCCUCGAAGCCAGCAUGGGCAACCAUUGAUGUUGGCGAGAUGGGUAAGCUGCCUACUCCAUACGCUGUUAGCAAUCUUGUCGGAGGAGAAUGGCGGAAAGCAAAGUCAGAGAUGUUGAUCCCGCAUCCGCUGGACAAAAAUCAGCACUCUAUCUUUUCUGUUCCAGAUACGGAUGUUUCUGAGUUGGAGCCGUUCUUUAAAAGCAUGAGGAAGGUUCCUAAAUCUGGAGUGCACAAUCCGUUGAAGAAUCCUCAUCGCUAUGUUGAGUAUGGGGAAAUUAGCAGAUUGGCAGGAGCAGCGCUAAGUGAUGAGAAGGUGGCAGAAUAUUUCGCAGAGCUUAUCAUGAAUUGCGUGCCAAAAUCGAAAGGACAGGCGUUGGGCGAAGUCAAAGUCACCGCUGAUUUUUUGAAUAAUUUCGCUGGGGACAAUGUCCGCCGCCUGGCAAAGUCGUUUGGUGUUCCAGGGGACCACUAUGGGCAGUUUAGUCAAGGCCACCGUUGGCCAUAUGGUGCCGUUGGAUUGGUGACGCCUUUCAACUUUCCGCUUGAAAUUCCAGUCUUGCAACUGAUGGGUGCUCUAUACAUGGGGAACAAGCCUGUCAUCAAACCGAGCGAACAAGUUUCGGUUGUAAUGGAGCAGUUUGUACGUCUCUUGAUACACAGCGGGAUGGACCCGAAUGAUCUUGAUCUCUUGAAUUGUAGAGGGCCAGUAGUCGAGAAGCUCAUCUUGGAGACUCCACUUCGAGUUACACAGUUUACUGGUAGUUCGAAAGUUGCCGAGCACUUGAGUCAGGCGACAAACGGCAAGGUGAAAAUUGAAGAUGCCGGAUUUGACUGGAAGGUUAUUGGUCCAGACGUCGACGAUGUCGACUAUGUUGCUUGGCAAUGUGAUCAAGAUGCUUACGCUACAAUUGGUCAAAAGUGUUCCGCACAGUCGAUUUGUUUCAUUCAUGAGAACUGGAAGAGCACCAAUCUGCUGGCGAAGAUGAAAGAAAAUGCAGAAGCAAGAUCCCUUUCUGACCUAACUGCAGGCCCUGUCCUUACUCAGACCACCAAACAGUUUCUUGAUCAUGCUAAUAGUAUAGCAGCUAUCGAAGGCGCAGAGAUCCUUUGGGGGGGGAAAGAACUAAAAGAUCACAAUAUUCCUGAUAUUUACGGGGCUGUUGAACCGACAGCCGUUUUUGUGCCGCUGGAAGAGAUGAUGAAAGAAGAGAAUUUCUCUCUUUGUUCGACAGAGAUAUUUGCCCCUUUUCAAGUUGUGACCACCUAUGACGACGACUCUGUUGACUUGGUAUUGCAUGCAUUGGAGAAGAUGUCUCACCAUCUGACUGCUGCCGUGGUCUCAAAUGAUCUUGAAUUCCAGAGCAAAAUCCUUUCAAACACCGUAAAUGGGACCACCUAUGUAGGACGAAGAGCAAGGACAACUGGAGCACCGCAAAAUCAUUGGUUUGGACCUGCAGGCGACCCUCGUGGAUGCGGCAUUGGAACACCAGAAGCCAUCCAACUGGUUUGGUCGUGCCACCGUGAAAUCGUCAACGACAAUUUCGUACCUGAUGGCUGGACUCAGCCAAAGGCAACAUAA